GAUCUCACAUUUGUUUCAUCCCAUUAUCAUCAUCCUUCAAGAACACAAAGCUAGAGAGAAAAAGAAAAUGUGUUCCUCAAAAUCAAAGAACAUGAACCAAGAAGCCAUUUCCCAAAUCAAUGGUCGUCCAGUUCUUCAGCCAAAAUCGAACCAAGUUCCCACAGUAGACCGACGCAACUCACUCAAGAAAUCUCCUCCUAAGUCUUUGAUACAUCCCAUUGCAUCAAAGAUAGCCUCACCAAGACCAAAAUCCCUAAAGUCUCCACCUUUGUCUCCCAACUCAAAACCCAUAAGAAAACUGGCCUGUUAUGAGAAGCCUAAACCAGCUGCAAAACCGGUGAAAUUAUCAGAGCGCACUGAUGGUGGCUGCAGACAGGUUAAGUCCACGGUGACUGUUCAGAAGCAACCUGGAAGUAUAGCUGCUGCAAGAAGAGAAGAGGCUGCUAUGAAACAAGAAGAAAGAAAGAAGAAGAUCUCUCAUUAUGGUAGGGUAAAAUCCGUACAAUCAAACGAAAAGAACUUAAAUGUUGAACGUGAGAAGAAGAAGAGAUGCAGUUUCAUCACUACAAGUUCAGAUCCAAUCUAUGUGGCUUACCAUGAUGAAGAAUGGGGAGUUCCUGUUCAUGAUGACAACCUAUUGUUUGAGCUUCUGGUGUUAACCGGAGCUCAGGUGGGAUCCGAUUGGACUUCGGUUUUGAAAAGAAGAAACACUUUUAGAGAGGCUUUCUCUGGUUUCGAACCAGAGUUGGUCGCAGAGUUCAACGAGAAGAAGAUACAGUCGAUAGUCAACGACUACGGAAUUGGCCUUAGCCAAGUCCUUGCAAUUGUUGACAACUCUAAACAAAUUCUCAAGGUGAAAAGAGAUUUCGGAUCAUUCAACAUAUACAUUUGGGGAUUUAUGAAGCACAAACCGGUUACCACAAAAUACACAUCUUGCCAAAAGAUUCCGGUUAAGACAUCAAAAUCAGAAACCAUAAGCAAAGACAUGGUUCGUCGCGGGUUUAGAUUCGUUGGUCCGACAGUUAUACAUUCGUUGAUGCAAGCCGCCGGGUUAACCAACGACCAUUUGAUCACUUGUCCGAGACAUCUCGAGUGUAUGGUCAAGGCUGCUCUAUAGGCAAAAAAAUAUCAUUGUUGUUCACAUUGGCUUUAUUUAUUAGUUUUACGUAAUCAAAUAAUAUUGAUGUGUUAUUAUCCAUGUGAUAUAUAGAUUUGAGAUCCUAACUUUAGGUAUUGAUUUUUGUACAAAAGUAUGUGUGCGUGUGUGAUUGUGCUUUAUAUUUAAUAUAUGUGUGUAUUUAAUUUGGUUU